AUGGUCGAGAAGAAGACGCUGACGCAGAAGCAGCCGGCAAAGACCGAACGAAAGCUCCACGUCGAUGCUGACGACGACGAAGCCGAUGAAGACGACGACGAAGCCGAAGAAGACGACGACGAAGCAGAGCCGCAGGACUCGACGGACGACGAGGAGCCGCACGAGGCCGUGGGGUUUGGCGACGCCAUGAGCAAACUCCUGAGCCAAACCGUCGCCGAAGACGUUCAGCCGAUCCUCGCCAAGCGCACGACCGCGCGGAUGCGAGAGAUCCAGAGCGACAAGAAGGAGGUCAAGACAGCGCGCGUAAGUGCUGCUGAGAAGCGCGAGCGCGAGCAGAAGGACAUGGUCGUGCCCGACCACACGACGGCCGGGAAGGACCGAGCGCUUCGAAUGAUUGCAACCAAAGGAGUCGUGGCGCUGUUCAAUGCAAUCCAGAAGCACCAGCACGCGAGUGGCAAGAAAGAGGACACGAGCGACACACACAAGGUCAAGGGCAUGUCGAAAGAGAACUUUCUAGGUCUGCUCCAGGCGUCGCAGCAGCAACAGACAGCCGCCACGUCGGCCAAGUCCUCGUGGUCGGUCGUGCAGGACGACUACAUGAUGGACGCCAAGCUCAAGGACUGGGACAACCAGCACGGCACGGAAACGGGUCGAGUGCGACACGCGGGCGACGUCGAAGUUGAAGCAGUCGAAGACGUUGCGUGGCAACGCGCCGCCGACGGUCUCGAGAGCGAUACAGAAGUCGCAGGAGACAGUACAACGACAACAAGGAAGCGACGAACGUCAUUGUCGUCGACAACACCAACCGGCAACAAGAAGACAAAGAAGACAAAGAAGACGACGAAGGCGCUUAGCAGUUGGAAGAACACCAAGCGCUAA